AUGACUUUAACAUCUACUGCUACUUCCUCCAUCAAAGCAACCACAGGUUUGUCGGUGAAGCCUGGACGCCUUUUGUCUGCUAUUCAUGAAACCGCUCGUUUUGGUGCCAAAGGAAGAUGGGGAACCCAGGAAACUGAAACCGGCGUUUGCAGACUCGCCUUGUCUGAUUUGGACAAAAAAGUAAGAGACUGGUUUGUGGAAGAGACAUCCAAACUCGGCUGCAAGAUCAUCAUCGACAAGUUGGGCAACAUCUUUGCAGUAUACCCAGGAAAGAAGAACGGAUUGCCCACAGCCAUUGGCUCUCAUUUGGAUACUCAACCCACAGGAGGCCGUUACGACGGCGUUUUGGGUGUUUUGACCGGACUCGAGGUUUUGCGUACUUUCAAGGAAAACAACUUUGUGCCCAACUACCCAGUCUGUGUGGUCAACUGGACCAAUGAAGAAGGAGCUCGUUUUCCAGUCAGCAUGAUGGCUUCCUCGGUUUGGGCAGGCUCCCACACUUUGGAAAAUAUCUAUAAUUUGGAGAGUGUGACUGACCAAAAACCAGUCAGUGUGAGAGAUGAGUUGGAGAGAAUCCAGUACUUGGGUGAUGUGGAGUGUUCCUACGAGGCCAAUCCUUUGAAGGCGCAUUUCGAGCUCCACAUAGAACAGGGUCCUAUUUUGGAAGAGACAAAUAAGAAGAUCGGUCUUGUCCAGGGCAUCCAGGCUCUCAGAUGGUUUGAAGUCAAGGUGAGAGGAAAAGCUCAGCACACGGGUACUACUCCAUUGAGGAGCAGGAGCGAUGCACUUCUUGCUGCUUCGAAAAUGGUGGUCAAGGGUAAUGAGCUUGCACAAAAGCACGAUGGUCUUUGCAGUGCGGGUAUCAUGGAAUUGGUUCCUGCGGUGGUGAACGUGAUUCCACAAGACGUCAGAUUCAUCUGCGACAUGAGAAACCCCGACGAUACCAAACUUGGAAAGAUGUUUGAAGAUUUCAAAACGGCAAUGGCCAGUAUCACCAAGGAAAGUGGUGUAAAGUUGGAGUAUGAGCUCACCGAGCUUCUUCACCAAAAGGCCGUCCAUUUUGAUGAAACUUGCAAGAAUUGCAUCAAGGAUGCUGCCGAGGAUCUCUAUGGUGCUGAACAGACGCUCCCAAUUGUCAGUGGAGCUGGCCAUGAUAGCGGACUCACUGCAUUGAAGUGUCCUACCGCCAUGAUCUUUAUUCCAUCCAGGGACGGAGUUUCUCAUAAUCCUGAGGAGUACAGCACGCCUGAGCAAGUGCAUGAGGGUCUUGAGGUGAUGUUGAAUGCUGUAUUGAAGUACGAUGCUCAGAGAACGGAUUAG